GGCGGCGGCGGGGGCGCGAAGGCCGGCCAGGACCGGGUCAAGCGGCCCAUGAACGCCUUCAUGGUGUGGUCGCGCGGGCAGCGGCGUAAGAUGGCCCAGGAGAACCCCAAGAUGCACAACUCGGAGAUCAGCAAGCGCCUGGGCGCGGAGUGGAAGGUCAUGUCCGAGGCGGAGAAGCGGCCGUUCAUCGACGAGGCCAAGCGGCUGCGCGCGCUGCACAUGAAGGAGCACCCGGAUUACAAGUACCGGCCGCGCCGCAAGACCAAGACGCUGCUCAAGAAGGACAAGUACUCGCUGGCCGGCGGGCUGCUGGCGGCGGGCGCGGGCGGCGGCGGCGCAAGCCGGCUGCACUCGCUGCCGCAGCACUACCAGGGCGCGGGCGCGGGCGUGAACGGCACGGUGCCCCUGACGCACAUCUAG